GGAAAACAGAAUGCAGCACUCAUAACAUCUCAUUGUCACUUUUCAAACAUCAUGUGGAUCUUACCCAUUGUCGGAUAUCUGGGCGUGGCGGUUGGGUUUGGUUUCCUGACUACUGCUAUUGCCUCCGGAUUAUACUAUCUUUCCGAGCUCGUCGAAGAGCAUACGGUGAUGGCAAAGCGUUUCUUGACUCGAAUGAUAUAUGCGAUUAUUGGAAUCCAAGCCCUUUUAUGUCUGGUCGAUGGAUUCAGUUUCAAAUUAAGCGUCAUGAGUAUCCUUUCUCAUCUGGUCUAUUUGGGGAACAUGAGGCGAUUCCCAGUGGUCCAUCUGAGCAAUCCGCUAUUUCUCAUUUCUUGCGCUCUGGUGAUAGUAAACCACUAUCUUUGGUUCCGCCAUUUCGCUGCAGGUCCUAUACAAACCCCAACUUCUAUCUACGAUACGUCUGGAUAUCCGGAUUUCACGCAGAUAGCUUCGUAUUUCGGAUUGUGUGUAUGGUUGACGCCGUUCGCACUCUUUGUGUCUUUGUCUGCGAGUGAUAAUGUGUUGCCGACUAUGGGGAGUGAGGAACCGAAUAUGCCAGAAGGAGCUGGAAAAGGAAAGGGAAAGAGAGAGGGAAUUGCUAAGGUUAUUAUUGACUCGGUCAGGAAUGGAAUUGCGGAACUCGGGAGGAUUGUUGGGUUUUGGAAGGAGGAUACGGGGUUUUGAUGGAUGGGGAUGUGACUUUUGAUUGUAAAAUAGUAUUGCAUAGAUACCAAGGUAGCGGCAUGAGGAAUUGUAAGAUUUAUGGAAGGAAAAUUCAAUGGGACUUUGGAAGUGUUUGGACUCUGCA